CGAUGCAGAGUAGGAGGGUCAAGCGGAGCUAUGUGAUGGCGCAGACUUUAUAGAGGACUAUCCACAGGCACUUCCAAAAGAGACUGAAAACCUCAAUGUCGAACUCCGUUGGCGGAUGUUAAACUGAACCAACUGAUAGCACGGUCUGUUUCCAACUGUCUGUAGCCUACUGCUAGAGGAUUUAUCUAUUCAGCAUUGAUUGACUAAAGGCGGUUAUUUCUUCUUCAAGGAAAAAUCCAGAGCACUACACGGAUAACCUUACCUUCGCUUUAUAAUGGGAGCGCAGUGUUUCCGAAGUUGGACUAUAGUGAAGUAGCACCAAUUUAAAUAUGUAGGUGCUGCCUGUGCGACCUUUCGUCCAUUUUGUCUUUACGCCAAACAGUUUUCAUUAUUUCGGUGGGUUUUAAGCUGAUGGCCGUUAAAUAGGCUACUCCUGUAAGGAAGAAAAAAAAAAACUGAAUCAGUGAAGAAUGGGACCUUAUCGGAUGAAGUUUCAACAUUGAGCUAUGUUGAGGCAAGCGUUUGUGGGACUGAAGCCAUGCUGAUCUUCAGUGCUGGGUGGUGGAGUGUGGUCUUGCAUCAGAGCCUGUGCUGCUGAAGCCUUGUGCAGCUACCCCAUGGCUUUAUGGGAGCUGAUGUUGCUGACUUUCAGCCUCCGCUGCUGGCUGACAAGCUCUGCCAGUUUAGCUGAAGAAGGCCCUGCAGGCCCCCUGGACUGGCUUCUUUCUGACAAGGGCCCAUUUCACCACACACAAGAGUACACUGAAUUUGUGGAGAGGAACCGUCAGGGAUUUUCCACAAGAUACAAGAUCUACAGGGAAUUUGGCCGGUGGAAAGUGAAUAACUUGGCUGUAGAGCGACGGGAUUUCCUGAACUCCCCUUUGCCUCUCACCCCGGAAUUUAUAAGGAACAUUCAACUCCUGGGGCGAAGGCCCACUGCCCAGCAAAUUACUAACAACCUGAUCAAGAAAUAUGGCACCCAUUUUCUACUGUCAGCUACACUAGGAGGAGAGGAGGCUCUGACUCUAUUUGUGGACAAGAGGAAGUUGAGUAAGAAAGCAGAGGCUAGCGACUACACCAGUAACAGCACAGCUGUGACUCUGGAGGCCCUGCACCAGCUGGCUGCCUCCUAUUUCAUAGACAGGGAGAGUACUCUGCGAAAACUACAUCACAUUCAGAUUGCUUCCACUGCUAUCAAGGUAACUGAAACAAGGACUGGCCCUCUCGGCUGCAGUAACUAUGACAACCUUGAUUCGGUCAGUUCUGUGCUGGUUCAGAGUCCUGAGAACAAAGUCCAUUUGCAAGGCUUGCAGGUCAUUUUGCCAGAUUAUCUCAGAGACACUUUCGUCCAAGCAGCUCUUAGUUACAUUGCCUGCAAUGGAGAGGGAACUUUUGUCUGUCGAGACAAUGACUGCUGGUGCAAAUGUGACCCUAAGUUCCCAGAGUGCAACUGCCCCUACAUGGAUAUUCAGGCCAUGGAGGAAAGCCUUUUGCGAAUCUCUGAAUCAUGGGCACUUACCUACAAAGAGUUUGAAGAUUCAGAUGAGUUCAAAACAUUUCUGAUGAGGCUGCCACAGAAUUUCUUCCUCAACGCCUCAAUGAUCCAACAUUUGUGGUCACUGGAUGGUGUAUUUCAGCGGCGCUAUGAGCAGCUGGAAAGCAGCAUGAAAAGUCUCUUCAAACGAGCUCAGCGAGUGGUUUACAAGCUCUUUAGCCUCAGCAAGAGGUGCCAAAAGCAGCCCCACAUCAGCUUACUGCGAGAAAGGCCACAGUCAUACUGGCUGAAUUACUUCCAGUCUUUAUUAUACUGCUCAGAGAACAACCAGCUAGGAUCCUUCUCAGAAGAGCUGCACACCUGUAUUUGUGCAUAUGACCAUAGUUACUGCCAGGUACCCACCCCAUGCUCUGUGGGUGAUGGUGCCGCCUGUGCGGCUUGUGCCAGCGACAACCACACUCGCUGCGGCAGUUGCAACGUCGGCUACAUGUUAAGUCAAGGGACCUGUCGACCAAUGGUGGCAGAUUCCACCGAGAACUACCUGGGCUUUGAGACUGAUCUUCAAGAUCUGGAGCUACGCUACCUCCUACAGAGAGCCGAUCGACGCUUAGAGGUCCAUGCUAUCUUCAUCAGCAAUGACAUGCGUUUGAAUAGCUGGUUUGAUCCUUCAUGGAGGAAGAGGAUGCUGCUUACACUAAAGAGUAACAAAUAUAAAUCCAAUCUGGUCCAUAUGCUCUUAGGCGUCUCCCUUCAAAUUUGCCUUACUAAAAACAGCACUCUGGAACCUGCGCUCACACUCUUCAUCAAUCCCUUCGGAGGGAGCCACUCAGAUAGCUGGUUAAUUCCUGUGGAUGAGAACAAUUUUCCAGACUGGAAGUCUGCUAAACUGGAACUUCCACUAGAAUGCUUUAACUGGACUUUGACUUUGGGCAACAAGUGGAAGACCUUCUUUGAGACCAUCCACAUUUACUUGAGGAGCCGCAUCAAAACUCCAGGCACUGGGGCCAAUGACAGUGUUUACCUGGAGCCGUUGGAAAUGGCUGACCCUACUAGAAAUCUGGGGUAUAUGAAGAUUAACAGCAUUCAAGUGUUCGGUUACAGUAUGCAUUUCGACCCGGAAGCAAUCCGGGACUUGAUCCUGCAGCUGGACUAUCCGUACACGCAGGGCUCGCAGGACUCAGCCUUGCUCCAGCUGCUGGAGAUCCGAGACCGGGUCAACCGACUCUCUCCACCAGGCCAGCAACCUCUGGACCUGUUCUCCUGCUUAUUACGACACCGUCUCAAACUGACAGCUAAUGAGGUAGUGCGCAUUCACACCUCACUCCAGUCCUUUAAUGUCCGUCUCCCCAAUUCUCUGGAUUAUGAGACAACUAAACUCUGUAGCUAACGAUUAAAGCAUCAUAGCAGAUAACAAUAGAACAACUGUAAAAAUCCAGAAUAGACUGUUAAAGUCAAAGCUGCAAUGAUUUUCAGUGAUAGAGAAAACUUUUGGACAUUGGUUACAGUUUUUUUUGUGACUUUGCUUUCACUAGUAGGUCAUCUUGUUCAAAAACAGAUUCAUUUUUAUUGUAUAGUGCACUGAGUUCAAAGAAGAGAUUUCAAAAAUAUAUAAAUAUAUAUAUAUGAAGUGCUUGUAAUUUGUAUGUUUUUUUUGUUGUUGUUUGUUUGUUUUGUUUUUGCUUUUGCUUCAGUGACAAUGUGCUUUCCUCGGAAAGAAUACAGUGAUGUCAGUCAAUUUUGUAGAUAAAUUGUUAUUAAAACAU